AUGACCCAUGCCAUCGUCGGAUACCCGUCCUUCGAGGCCAACAUGGCCAUGUUGGAAGCCAUGCAGCGGGCGGAUGUUGACCUUGUGGAACUCCAGCUACCCUUCAGUGAGCCGAUCGCCGACGGUCCGGUGUUCGUGCGCGCUAACCAAUGCGCACUCGACGCCGGCGUUACCUGGGAAAACUACUUCGCGUUCAUGCAGCGGGUCACCGCCGCAUUUGACUUCAAAGUCCUGAUGAUGGGCUACUACAACAGCAUCCUUCAGAUGGGUCACGAGCGCUUUUGCGCUUGCCUGGCGGAGCAUGGCGGUGGCGGGUUCAUCGUAGCCGAUCUGCCGCCGGAAGAGGCUGACGACCUGCAUCAAUACGCUGCCGCCUACCAGCAAGCGCCGAUUGUCAUGAUGACGCCGGUCAACUCCGAGCCGCGACUCCAGCAAAUCGCCGCCAAAGCCAGUGGCUUCGUGUAUUGCGUCGCGCGUCGGGGAGUUACCGGCCGCCAAACGCAAGUUGAUGAGGGCCUUGAAGCCUUCAUCGCACGUUGUCGUUCAGCCACACCCUUACCGAUGGCGCUGGGAUUUGGCCUCCGCACACAUCAGGAUUUACAGCGAGUCAAAGGCCUCGUUGACAUCGGAAUCAUUGGCACUGCGUUGUUGACAGCCUGGGAGCAGGGCGGAGCGGAACGUUACAGUGCCCUGUUGCAAGAAUUAACAUCGGCGGCGACGUGA